CUGUCAAAAUUAUUUUUAGUAAAUUAUACCCACUAAUGGAAAACAAGGAUGCGCUCGUAUACUCACUAAAAAUUUUUUUAAUAUUUUCAGAUAUAUACUCAUCUAAGUGAUCUAAUAUAACCCCAAUACCCUUAUAUACUUGUAUGAUCUUGUGUGUUAUUAAACAGCUGUUAUUUAAGUAAUACGUCACUAGAAACUAUUUAAUUAAUUUUCGGCUAUUUUUUUUUAUAAAAUUUACAAUAAUGUCAAGAAGGUAUUUGAAAAAAAUUAGCAACAGUGUUGAAAUUGCAAUAGAUGAAAAUGAACACUCUAAUAUUCAAGUUUCACCAUCAGCAUCGAUAAGUAAUUCAAAAAAAUUUAAUAUUUUCAAUUUAUUAGAUGAAAAUUCACCUAAUGAUGAAACACCAGAAAAUUAUGAGAGUGAUAAAUCAAACCACAAAGACAAUUGUGAUGAAAAUGUUGACAAUAGUAACAAUAAAUCAAAGAAGAAACGUAAGAAAAAGAAAAACAGGGCCAAUGCGAAAUUAACAACGAAGAGUAAUUCGAGUAAUAAAACAGAAGAUGAGUCUGAUGAAAUUGAGAAAACUCUGCAGGAAGUAAAUAAUCUUCUUGGUGAACCAGAUGAACCUUCUUGCUGCAGUUCAAACCGAAACUCUGCUCUUCCUGAAGGAGUUGAUAAAACUAGGAGCGUACUGCAAGUCGAGUUUAAGUUUCUCAGUGCAGUAAAUGAGCUCAAAAGAAAAUGCGGCGGUGGAAAUAGAAAUGUCCUUGCAGCGGUUGUAGGUGAAAAGAGUAAAAAUAAGAACAAAAAAAGAUAUUUAAGAAAGACAUGGUUGACUUCAUUGACCGAUCGAUUCCCUACGGAGCAAUGUGGAUUAUCUAUGGUCAUUGAUACGACAAUUAAGUCUGAUGGUGACAUUCAGUAUUUUGUUUUUGUUCAUAGCUCUAGUUAUAGGCAAGUCCAAAAUAAGUUCUUUAUUGCUGUUGAAAGUCAAAAUCCUGAUAAUAUUGUGAGCAUUUUGAAUGCACAUCCGUAUCAUAUAGAUACUCUUUUGCAAUUUGCAGAACUUUGCAAGUUAAAUGAAGAUCUACAAACGUCAGCAGAGUUUGUAGAGCGUGCAGUCCAUUGUUUUGAAUGUGCAUUCCAUCCAUAUUUCAAUGUAACAACUGGUAACUGUAGAUUGUCGUAUAAAAACCAAACGAACAGACCAUUCUUUAUUGCGCUGUUUAAACACCUGAUGUUUAUUAGCGGCCGUGCUUGCUACAGAACAAGUUUAGAACUUUGUAAAGUAUUACUAUCUCUUAAUCCAGAAGGCGAUCCUUUGGCAAUUGUUUUAGCAAUUGACUUAUUUGCACUGCGCGCUAAAGAAUACCAAUGGUUUAUUGAUUUUUGUGAGGCUUGGAAAUCAUCCAGAAAUUUAACUCAGUUACCAAAUAUUGCAUACAGUCUUGCGUUAGCUCAUUUUUAUCUAGGACAUGAAGAAACAGCUAAUGAAUUACUUCAAGAUGCUCUUUUUAUGUUUCCUGGAGUUUUAAAUGAUUUACUCGAGAAGUGCAGUGUUCAAACUGACUCUAGACUUCUGGGGCAUGAUCAUUUCAAUUGUGUGGCUAAAGCAACUACAAGUGUUGCUUUGGAAAAGCUUCAAACUUUAUAUGUAGUUCGUUCUUGCCAUCUUUGGAAAGAUUCUAAUAUUUUGGGUUGGCUUGAAAAUGCUGCCCAUGCUGUUAUGGAUAAAAUUGAUUCUGGUGAUGAGUAUGCAGCUUACUGUAAAGAAAAAAGAAGUCAACGAUAUCAGGGUCAGCUUCCUAAAAAUAUUCGCCGUCAUAUCAUUUUAUCUGAUCUGAAACAAGUCACAAUUACACAUCCUGGGAUACAUCAAGAUGACCCUAUCUUUUCUUAUGAUCCCUUGCCGCCAGUAGAUUCGAAUAAUAUUUAUGUGAGACAAGAGGCCUCAACUCAGAGACCUUCUAAUGUAGGAUCCUCAAACAUUUUAUCACUUUUUCUCUCUUCACUUUUUCCAAACAAUGAUCCAAACUUGCGUGCUCAGUUUAACCAGCUUAACUUACGAAAUGAAGAAAGAGAAGCUCCAGGUGAAUUUGAUUAAUAUGAUAAAUAUGACCAUCAAUACGAAAUAUAAAUCUUAUUAUAAUCAUGAUAAAUAGCUACAAUAUGUUUUAAUUAAUAAUUGUAACUUAAAAAAAAUAAUAAGCUUUCGCAACAGGAUAGGAUAAUUAUACAUGUUUAUAGAUUUAAUCUUUGAGUUCAAUAUUAAGUUAUAUUGUUAUCGUUUCGUUGAUUUACAAUCAUUGCUAAUGAAAAUAAAGAAUAUUUUCAAAAAAUGUAA